CCCCCCCGCCCUUCGCCGGCCGCGCCGCCGCCCCCCGCGGGAUGUAGCCGGGCCGGGAGCCCCAGCGAGGCAGCGGCCCCGCCGCUCCGAGCCCCGCAGCGAGGCCGGGAGGCGGCGGGCUCAGAGGCGCUGCCGCCACCAUGGGCAAAUCCAACAGCAAGUUGAAGCCUGAAGUUGUGGAGGAGCUGACCAGGAAAACGUACUUCACAGAGAAGGAGGUGCAGCAGUGGUACAAGGGCUUUAUCAAGGACUGUCCCAGCGGGCAGCUCGACGCCGCUGGCUUCCAGAAGAUCUACAAGCAGUUCUUCCCCUUUGGCGACCCGACCAAAUUCGCCACCUUUGUUUUCAACGUCUUUGAUGAGAACAAAGACGGGAGAAUCGAGUUUUCAGAGUUCAUCCAGGCGCUGUCAGUCACCUCCCGGGGGACGCUGGACGAGAAGCUGAGGUGGGCGUUCAAGCUGUACGACUUGGACAACGACGGGUACAUCACGAGGAACGAGAUGCUGGACAUUGUGGAUGCGAUUUAUCAGAUGGUGGGAAACACAGUGGAGCUUCCUGAGGAGGAGAACACACCGGAGAAGAGGGUGGAUCGGAUUUUUGCCAUGAUGGACAAGAAUGCAGACGGGAAGCUGACGCUGCAGGAAUUUCAGGAGGGCUCCAAGGCCGACCCCUCCAUCGUGCAGGCGCUCUCCCUCUAUGACGGGCUCGUAUAGUCCCGGGGCCGAGCGGCGAUGCCUGGGGGGAAGACGCUCUCCGUGCCAUCCGACCACCGCCGCGCGAAGCUUGCCUGUCCCUCUCGGCCUUCCUUUCUGUUCCGCGAGCAAAGGAUGCCCUCGCAGCGCGAGCUCACCCCCCUCUCUGCACUCUGAACCAGCCGCUGCCAUUCGCCAACUUCUGCUUUUUCCAAAAAAAUAAAAUCCCCGCGCCAGACCCUGGUCUGAGCGGCAGCGAACACCCAAGACUUGAGGGCCGGGGGGAAAGGGUCGAGCGUUGCCGAAGGCAGAGUUCCCCCCCCCGGCCUCCUCGCCCCCCUUUUGCUCCCCUUUUCCUACGUUUCCGGAUGGGACUGCGGAUGUGCCGGCGUGGUCCUCUCCUGGGAACCAGCCGGCUGGAGACGGAGCCCAAAGGUACCGGGGGGCUGCACACCCCGGGGUGCUGCCUGUGCGGGGCAGCCGGGGAGCCGAGGCACCCACAGCGAUUGGGAACAGAGUCCUGGCGUCACCCACGAUGCCGCUGGCAGCCUGGCCCGGCUCACUAGGGAUAUAUAUUAUAUUUUUUUUUUUUUUUUUGGUAAGACAGUAUUGUGCUUUCUGGUUUGGUUCUUUUUUUUUUUUUUCCUUUGGUGGAAAAAAAAGAGUAAGGCUUUUUUUUUUUUUUUUUUAUAUAUGCCUAUCUCGGCGAUCGAUAUCCUUAUUUAUUUGUUGUAAAUGUUGCUGCUGUGUUCUGUCUCUCGUGUGUGUGUGUCCACCCACCCAGGUGAGGAUUUGUAAAGGUUUACAUGCUCGUACGCUAUUGCGGGGACCCGGGAGCCUGCAAUAACAAUGAAGCCAAAAAUCUGCCUUCCCCCCCUCUCCUCCCCCCCCUCCCCGGAUCCCAAGCUCCAUGGGCUGGCUGCUCUUUGGAGGGGAUGUUGUAGCUUUUUUUCCUCUUCCCAUUCCCCUGUUGCCUGCAUUUUUAUGUUCACCCUUCCCUUUGGGAGCUCAGUGAGGACUCGCUCAGCCCAGCAGACUGAGCCGCUCCAUCCCUCAGUCGGGCAGGGCGAGGAAACCACCGGGCACCAGAGCGUCCCUAUUUCCUUUCCUUAUUUCCAUUUUCUCACUGCAUGAAAAAGUAUUAACGGAGCCCAGAGCUGGGGUUUGCAUUCAGACGGGUUCCUUUGCUCUCUUCUGCUUUGCAAACGGUGGGAAGGUCUGUUUGGUGGUGGCUGUGAAUCAGCCCAUGUGCCGGCAGCGCUGGCGGAGCAGAGGGGGUGCAUUGCUCCAUCUUGCUCCUUCUCCCCAUCCCAGCUGGGGCCAUGUCACAGAGGGAUAGGAAUAAGCACUUGGUGACACCCAAAUGUGGGGCUGCAGCCCCCCAGCUGUGAGAGGUGCUUGUAUGGCCUCUCUGUCACCUACCACUACUCCAGGAUGCGCCCCCAGCUGAGCCCCACUGGCACACACGCUGUGGGACACAGGUGGCAUCUCUGCUGGAGAAUAAGCAUUGUGUGGGUGCUGCCACAGCUCUGUUUUUCCACCUGCCUUGGCCCCAGCCCCAGGGAAGAAGGAGCAAAGUGCAAGAUGCCUGUGGGACCCCUAAAACCAGCCCUGGGCGGCCCACCCUUCCACCCCGGGUCCAGCUGAUGGUGGCAGCAUCUUUCUGCCCAGCUGUAUCCCAGAAUGUCUGCAGCUCCUGUGGCCGAUCCCAGCUGGGGGACUGUCCCCAUGGCAGUGGGAGGUGACAGCUGGAUGUGGAGGACAGUGUCACAGGUGUCUCACGAUGCAGCAGAAAAGGCAGUGCCUCAGUGUUCCCUGAGUCCUCCUUGGCACAGCAGGGACAGACGCCCCAGCCAAGGGAUGCCGGUCCUUUGCUGUGCAGUCCUGCUCCCCAGUUUCAGGGCCAUGUGCUUAUGGUACUUUCUGAUGCCC